AUGGAUUCUAAACAAAAGAUGCAACAUGUAUUGUGCAUGCCAGCACCAGCCCAAGGCCAUAUCAACCCAAUGCUAAAACUUGCCAAAAUCCUUCACUCCAAAGGCUUCUCAAUAACCUUUGUCAACACUGAAUUCAACCACCAACGCCUCCUCCGAUCGCAGGGCUCCGACGCCCUACGUGGCUUCCCUUCCUUCUGCUUCGAGACCAUUCCUGACGGCCUUCCAACGCCUGAAAACCUCAAUGCCACCCAAGACGUGCCAUCCCUUUGCAAGGCCAUGGAUGAAAAGUUUGUGGUUCCGUUUAAAAGUCUCCUUAACAAACUGAGUGCUUCGGAUUCACCCGUGACUUACAUAGUAGCCGAUGUCAUUAUGAGCUUCACCCUUGAAGCUGCCAUGGAAAUGGAUAUUCCGGAGAUACUCUUUUGGACAGGUGGAGCUGGUUCGCUAUUAUGUAUCGAGCAGUACCCGAAUCUUUUGGAUAAGGGUUUGAUGCCCCUUAAAGAUUCGAGUUAUUUGGUAAAUGGAUAUUUGGAUACAAGCUAUGACUGUAUACCUUCAAUGUCUGGCAUACGCCUAAAAGAUAUCCCUCCUUUUAUUAGAAUCACCAACCCUGGUGAUGAAUACAUGGUUGAAUUCUUUACUAGACAAAUAGAAAGAGCGAAAACGGCUUCCACCAUCGUUCUCAACACGUAUCAUGAACUCGAACCCAACAUUCUCGACGCCCUUUCUUCUAUAUUUCCUCCUUGCUACGGAAUUGGCCCUUUGAAUCUACUCGAGAAGGAA